GGGAAGGUCUGAGUAUGGAGCCAACCACACCAACCUUGAUUCCAGAAAUUACAGAAACAUCUAAUGAUAACCACAAAGGAACUUGUAGCAUGGAAAUGACAAUGCUCCGAUGCUUGGAAGUCAUCAUUGAUAUGGUUCGACUAGCAGGGAAUGCAACUGUGAUCUGGCUCCUUGGCUUCCAGGUUCGAAGAAAUGCCAUCUCAGUUUACAUUCUAAACCUGGCUGUGGCUGACUUCCUCUACCUCUGCUUUCAAUUUAUAUAUACUCUGGAUGAAUAUAUCAGUUAUUUCCCUGAUAGCAUGGAAGUCUCUCUCCACUUUGUUAUUCAAUUUGGGUUUUUCUAUUCUUACACAGCAGACCUGAGCUUCCUCAGUGUGAUUAGCCUGGAGUGCUGCCUGUCUGUCCUGUGUCCCCUAUGGUACCGGUGCCACCUCCCAAGACAUGCAUCAUCCUUCCUCUGUGUGCUCGUUUGGGCACUAUCAGUGCCAUUUCCUUGUUUGCUAACUCAUUACUGUCAAGAUUACUAUGGAGAUUCUUAUUGUCCAUUAAGUAGACUUUUUACUGCUGGAUACUUGCUGUUUUUAUCUGUGGUUCUCUCAGGAUCCAGCCUGGCUCUGGCUGCAAGGAUGUUCUGUGGUUCUGGACGGAUGUCACUGACCAGGUUGUAUGUAACCAUCCUGCUCACAGUGCUGGUCUUUAUCUUCUGUGGCCUGCCCUAUGGCAUCAACUACUUCCUGAUAUAUGAGAUUUCUAUUGAUGUUAACGAUUUCAUUUGUUACCUUGUUAGGCUUUUUAUUUUACUAACCUCUAUUAACAGUUGUGCCCACCCCAUCAUUUACUUCUUUGUUGGCUCCUUCCAGCAGAGGCACAGGCAAACACUUAAGCCAGUUCUACAGAGGGCUCUGCAGGACACUCCCGAAGACAAGAAUAUACAGGGAGCCUUUCUCAGGGGACCCUGGAGAUGUCAGCAAGCAGUGUGGAGCAUUGAAAAACAACUUAUUCCCUGGUCAUUCGAUGUGGCUUUGUGAGUGAAUCUGGCCAUAAGCCAAUUGAAAAUUGUCUCUC